AAACCAAUAGAAGGCGAAGAGAAAUUGAGGAAACCGGAGGAGACUAUUCCGGUCGUAGUCAACGAUAGGAAAAUCGAAAAUGAAAUAAAAUGAUAAAAAUGGGACAAGAGUUUUCUUCUCAGAUUCAACUCUCUCUCUCUCUCUCUCUCUCUCUCUGUUGCAUUGCAUCGUUCAUUGACUUAGCUCGCUUUCAGGAACCAACGAACAAAGGAAAGAAGAUCCAUCCAUAUAUCAAUCAAUCAGAUCAUAGCUUUAGCUCUUUCUCUUCCGAAACCAAAAUGACGAUGGGGGAUGAAGGAAGAAGCUACACAGUAGAUGAUGCUCUUUUGGCUUUGGGUUUUGGAAAAUUUCAAAUACUUGUACUUGUUUAUGCUGGCAUUGGUUGGAUUUCAGAAGCAAUGGAAAUGAUGCUACUCUCAUUUGUAGGCCCUGCAGUUCAAUCUGCAUGGAAUCUAUCCUCACAUCAAGAGAGUUUCAUAACCAGCGUUGUUUUUGCCGGCAUGUUAAUUGGAGCUUACUCAUGGGGCAUUGUUUCUGAUCAACAUGGAAGGAGGAAAGGUUUCCUUAUCACAGCAACAGUUACUGCUACUUCCGGUUUUCUCAGUGCUUUUUCUCCUAACUACAUUACAUUGAUUCUCCUUCGUUCUCUUGUUGGUCUUGGUUUGGGUGGUGGCCCUGUUUUAUCCUCCUGGUUUCUAGAGUUCGUUCCAGCCCCCAAUAGAGGUACCUGGAUGGUUAUCUUUUCAGCAUUUUGGACUGUUGGUACAAUUUUUGAGGCAUCACUUGCAUGGAUUGUGAUGCCAAAACUGGGUUGGAGAUGGCUUCUCGCACUAUCUUCCCUUCCUACAUCUUUCCUUCUUCUCUUCUACAAAAUGACACCAGAGUCACCAAGAUACCUAUGCUUGAAAGGUAGAACAACUGAUGCAAUUAAUGUUUUGGAGACAAUAGCAAGACUAAAUGGCACGAAACUUCCUUCUGGUAUUCUUAUUUCUGACCAUCAAAUUGAGCUACAAAAUAUUGACAACCCUUCAGAGGACACAGUUUUACUCUCCCCAAGAAAAAAUGAAGUUGAAACUCCUAAAGGAAUGGUUUCUAAUUUAGGCGGCAUCUCAUCACUUCAAGUGCUACUUUCACCCGAAUUAAGAAGGUCGACCCUUCUAUUAUGGGCAGUGUUUUUCGGAAAUGCUUUUUCAUAUUAUGGCCUUGUUUUGCUGACCUCUGAGUUGAACGGACAUAGUAAAUGUAUGCCACAUAAAUUGGAGACAGAGAAGUCCCAGGAUGUAAGUUACAAAAGUGUUUUUAUUGCUAGUUUUGCAGAGCUACCUGGGCUCCUCUUGUCAGCCGUAGCAGUGGAUAAACUCGGUCGUAAGCUAUCAAUGUCAAUCAUGUUCUUCAUGUGUUGUAUUUUCCUUCUCCCAUUAACAUUCUAUCUGCCUGAAGACCUAACAACGGUUCUUCUAUUUGGAGCUCGCAUAUGCAUCACAGUAACCUUCACAGUCAUGUAUAUUUAUGCCCCAGAGAUAUACCCUACAUCAGUUAGAACAACUGGUGUCGGAGUCGCAAGCUCGGUGGCUAGAAUUGGUGGAAUGUUAUGUCCAUUGGUAGCAGUGGCUUUAGUGCAUGCAUGUCAUCAAACUGUAGCAGUCCUUCUGUUUGAAAUUAUAGCUCUUUUAUCAGGAAUAUGUGUUAUGUUCUUUCCGGUUGAGACCAUGGGACAAGAACUGCAAGAUACUGUGUCGAGUCUAAAACCGACCAACAAUGUGUAGACAUGAUGAAGUUUUAUGUACCUCGAACUUUAAAACAUGACUAGAACAAUUACUGUUGCUAAUCGCUUGAGGAAGAAGAGAGUAGAUUGGGAGGAAGUCUGGUCUUUUGACGCAUUUCUCAUUUGUUUGCACGCAUUUUUUAUAUGUUUGGAAGCAUUUUUUCUAGAGUAAAUUGUAAAGGGAAUCACAGUCGAUGAAAAUAAGAUUAACAGUGCUAAUGCCAAUUGAUCCAUACCAUUAUUAAAUUCUCAUAA